UUUAUAUAUUAUGUUAUUAAACUCCAAGUAAGUGUUUGAGGUUAAUAACAAGUGGAAGUGUGUAACCAAACAUCACACACGUGUGUCUAACUUUGAUUAAUUUUAGAGUAUUUAUAUUUCUAUCUUUUUUUUUUUUUUUUUAUUUUUUUUUGUAAAUUAAGCAAACAAAAUGUUUAUCCUUACAAGAUUUAAAGAUGUAGUCAAAAUAUCCCCAAAAGAUUUUAAGGGCAAUUUUAAUGAGGCAAUAGCAAAAGAAUUGAACAACAAACUUUCCAACAAAGUAUUCUUAAACAUUGGCCUGUGCAUUACUUUGUUCGAUAUUGAGAAAAUAGAAGAGUCUUUUAUUUUUCCUGGUGACGGAUCAUCGCACACAAAAGUCGUCUUCCGGUAUGUCGUCUUCAAGCCUUUCAAAGAAGAAAUCCUCAUUGGGAAAAUUCGUAGCUGCAGUGAGGAAGGUGUUGUAGUGAGUCUUGGAUUUUUUGACGAUAUCAUAAUUCCUCCAUCAAAACUUCAGAGUCCGUCGAGAUAUGACUCCAAAGAUAGAGUUUGGAUCUGGGAAUAUGACGUUGGGGACGGAAAAACACAUCCCCUCUAUAUGGACCGCGACGAGCUGGUGCGAUUUAGAGUUUAUGAGUCUAAGUUCUUUGAAACACCACUUCCUAAAAGUACAACUAGUGAAGGGGCUCAACAGCCUGAGGAAAAAAUUUCACCCUUUGUUUUGGAAGGUGCCGUCGACGAGCCAGGGUUAGGUCCACUUUCCUGGUGGUUGCCCUCCGAUGAAGGUUCAGAGUAAAACAUACAUCUCCAGAAUCAUACACG